CACAGGGUAGAGUGGAUUUACGUAAUCCUGAUCAUAAAUUCUAUCUCAUGGAAAUUGACAACUAUGGAGAAAACAAUGGUCUUCCACCUGUUGUAGAAAGAAAAAUAUUUUUUGGUAGGGAAGUUGGAGCAGCUGAUAGAAAACUCCUACCAACAUAUCAGUUAAAAAGUCGAAAAUACAUAGGACCUACUGCCAUGGAUGCCGAGAUAGCCUUUCUAAUGGCAAAUCAAGGAUUGGCACGACCAGGAAAAUUCAUCUACGAUCCUUUUGUUGGAACUGGUAGCAUCCUUAUUGCUGCUGCACAUUUUGGAGCAAUGACUAUGGGUGCAGAUAUUGACAUAAGGGUAGUACGUGAUGGUCGGGGACCUGAUUGUAAUGUUUGGAGCAACUUUGAACAG